AUGGCACAUGCAGCGCAAGUAGGUCUACAAGACGCUACUUCCCCUAUCAUAGAAGAGCUUAUCACCUUUCAUGAUCACGCCCUCAUAAUCAUUUUCCUUAUCUGCUUCCUAGUCCUACGCUCAGGAAAUAGAAACCGUCUGAACUAUCCUGCCCGCCAUCAUCCUAGUCCUCAUCGCCCUCCCAUCCCUACGCAUCCUUUACAUAACAGACGAGGUCAACGAUCCCUCCCUUACCAUCAAAUCAAUUGGCCACCAAUGUACACCGACUACGGCGGACUAAUCUUCAACUCCUACAUACUUCCCCCAUUAUUCCUAGAACCAGGCGACCUGCGACUCCUUGACGUUGACAAUCGAGUAGUACUCCCGAUUGAAGCCCCCAUUCAUGCAAUUCCCGGACGUCUAAACCAAACCACUUUCACCGCUACACGACCGGGGGUAUACUACGGUCAAUGCUCUGAAAUCUGUGGAGCAAACCACAGUUUCAUGCCCAUCGUCCUAGAAUUAAUUCCCCUAAAAAUCUUUGAAAUAGGGCCCAUUAAGAGAACCAACACCUCUUUACAAACCAAAAUGAACGAAAAUCUGUUCGCUUCAUUCAUUGCCCCCACAAUCCUAGGCCUACCCGCCGCAGUACUGAUCAUUCUAUUUCCCCCUCUAUUGAUCCCCACCUCCAAAUAUCUCAUCAACAACCGACUAAUCACCACCCAACAAUGA